GGCACGAUGAAAGAACUAGGAGCGCGCAGCACGCGGAGCUGAGAGACGCGCAGGAGGAAAACAAGCGCGGCGCCGAGCGAUGGAGACCCAGGCGCCGGAGCAGCAGAGCUUCCAGGACGUCCGCAUGUGCGGCUACCUCCGCAAGCCCAAGUCCGCGCACCGGCGCUUCUUCGUGUUGCGCGCGGCCUCGGCGCGCGGUCCCGCCCGCAUCGAGUACUACGAGAACGAGAAGAAAUUCCGCAGCAAGGCGCCCGUGCCGAAGAAGGCGCUCAGCCUCGAGACGUGCUUCAACAUCAACAAGCGCGCCGACUCCAAGAACCGGCACAUGAUCGUGCUGUACACGCGCGGCGAGAGCUUCGCCAUCGCGGCCGACAGCGAGCAGCUGCAGGAGCAGUGGUACCAGGCCAUGCUGGAGCUCCAGUGCGGGAGCAAGACUCCGAGUGAGGGCAGUGGUGGUGAUGUGCCCUCCCCCGGACCCGCCUUCAAAGAGGUGUGGCAGGUGAAGGUGUGGCCCAAAGGCCUGGGACAGGCUAGGAACCUAGUGGGUAUCUACCGCCUCUGCUUGACGGACAAGACGGUGAGCUUUGUGAAGCUCAACUCAGACGCAGCAGCCGUCGUGCUGCAGCUCAUGAACGUGCGCCGUUGCGGCCACUCUGAGAACUUCUUCUUUGUGGAGGUGGGUCGCUCGGCUGUCACAGGCCCCGGCGAGUUCUGGAUGCAGGUCGAGGACUCGGUGGUCGCCCAGAACAUGCACGAGACACUGCUGGAGGCCAUGAAGGCACUGAGCGAGGAGUUCUGCCAGCGGAGCAAAUCCCAGUCCGUGGGAGCACUAGCUGGGGGUGGGAACCCCUCCAACCCCAUCAGCGUCCCCUCCAGGAGGCACUAUCCCAACCCACCACCCAGCCAGGUGGGCUUCACGCGCCGGCCCCGCACGGAGACCCCAGGGACAGGGGGCGGCAGCAGCACCAACACGUCCCCGACGCCUCGUCAUGGGUUCUCGCGGGCACGGACUGCCAGCGUCGGGGCGGGAACAGAGGAGGGCAUGGUGGCAGCAGGAGGGCCAGGGCUUGGGGCUUCUCUCAACUUAAAUCAGGGCGGUUCCUGCUCCACCACCCCCAAUCUGAGACUUAAGUCCCGUGCUCCCACCCCAGCAAAAAUCCACCUCAGUCUGGCCUGCUACGGCUCAAACCCCGGUGCUUCCCCGGCCCCCAGCCUGUCCUCCAGCUCCGGGCAUGGAUCCGAGUGUGGACUGGUGGGCGGGGUGGGGCUUGCUGGAGUCUGUGCUUAUGGCCGCUACGCCCCACAGAGAGUGUCGGCAUCUGGCUCCCCUAGCGACUACGGCUCCUCGGAUGAGGAUGGCUGCAGCAUCGCGGAGUCAACCCUACUAACACCUGACCUUCCGGGGGCUUCAGCAGGGGGACUUGGCUUCCACUCAGCACUGGAGGAAGCAUCCAACUACAUUGCGAUGGGGCAGCGGAGUGGACAGCACACCCGGCGCCUCCUGCGGCGCUCCUCCAGUCGGGAGUGUGAGCCAGAACGCCGACUACACAGCAAGAGGGCGUCGCUGCCCCCUACUGCACUGGAGCAGCCGAUCACUGGCCGCACCGAUGAGGAGGACGGUGAGAGAGAAACCUACACCCUCAUGUCACGGAGCCUCAGCAGGGAGUCCUUCACCUCCUGUCGAGACUCGGGUUCAAUCACCACAGUGACCGGCGGGUACCUUGACAUGACAGGAGAGGUGAUGCCGAAGGACAGCGGGAGAGAGGGGCCGCAAGGUGGGACAAUGGUGGACAACGGCUACAUGACGAUGUUGCCAGGGGUAACAUCUCCUCCUGCCUCCCUCUCACUCUCCCUUUCACCUGCAGCCUCGGACCCGAAGCCCGGCAGCGGUGACGACUAUAUGGCCAUGACCCCGAACAGCAGCGUCUCUCCACCGCGGCACAUCCGGUCUGCAGGCUCAGAGGGCUACAUGGUAAUGUCCCCGAACAGUGGCUGUUCCCCGGAGCAACACGGCUUGGGCACCCUGGGGGGCCGCUGGGGCAGCCGCAGGUCCCUUGCUGGCGAUUACAUGAAUAUGUCUCCCAUCAGUCCCCGUUCUGCAGACGGCACCCCCCCCCAGCACCUCGGACAGCACCUGCAACAGACACCACCCAAGAUGGUCUACUCGUGCUGCUCACUGCCUCGAUCCUACAAACACACCCUGUCUGCGUCCUUCCAGGAUGAGCUCGGCCAGGGCACACGGGAUGGCUGCCGGGGCAGCGUCACCCAGGUGGAAGGGGGCAAGGCAACGGGGCGCCCCGUCCGACAGGAGCCCUCUGAGGGGGCCAAGGACAGCCAGCACCUAUCCUUGUCCUCAUCCUCGUUCUCGUCCAGCUCAGCCAGCAGCGAGAGCCUCGAGGAGAAGCUUGUGGAGCCCCGGGGGUUGAAAGUGAGACCUGGGCUUGCCUUCGGAAUCGGGCGUGAGACCUUCAAAGAGGGUGUUUCCCAGCAGAGAUGCGCACCAGUGGUGCCGAAGCAGGGUCCCCCGCAGCCCAGGAGGGGUCGACCGACCAGCCUUUUUGAGCACAUUUCCAAAGCCAGCACCCUCCCCCGAGUUCGAGAGAACACCCUCCUGCCCAUUACUCCCAGUCCUGGGGAAUACGUCAGCAUCGAGUACAGAGGGGAUGUUGCUGGGGGUCCGGGGCGAGGACUGACGCACAGCUCUUCUGGAGCCUUCCACCGCCCUGCCCCCUCUAUGGCUGGCUCUCUGACUCUCCCCCGUAGCAUGUCGGCACCCCUGAGCCCGCUGGUCACCGCUGAGUACGUCAACAUGGAGCUCGGUCCAACGCCUGCCUCCUCGCCUCUCUCGCCGACGCCUCUUGGCUUCCGCUCUGGUAAAAGUCCCCUGAGCCUUAUGGCUGUGGCCCCUAAGGCACGGUACGAGCACCAGGUGGGCCCCCAAGAGGCCGAAGUGGCUGACGCAGGGUACGGGAAGAGUGGUGGUGUGCCAGCGGCCCUCACACCAGAACUGGCCUCAUCCUGUGAGUACACGGAGAUGGCCUUCAGCGUGGGAGCGACUGUCCCAUCUGAGUGCGCCAACACAGGGCCCUCCAAAGUGCGUACCACCCAUGCGUCAUCCAUGGAGCUGGGCGGAGACUUCCUCCCCGCAGACUCGGACACUGGCGUGGAGCAGAGCACUAAAACAAUGCGGGCCGACCCCACAACUCGACGGCGCCACUGUUCCGAGACCUUUCUGGCACUCUCCUCUGCCUCGUCUCCCGCAGUGUUUCCGAAGCAUGGCCAGGUGGGGGUGCGACGCCAGGGCUUGGAGGGCGUCCUGUGGGGAAACGGCACCGCGAGCGAUUCUCCACGUAUCAGCGUCAGGCCUCCUCCUCCUCCUAUCCCUUCUGUCCAGGCUGCUUCAAUGGAGCAGGGCCUCAACUACAUCGACUUGGACCUGGUGAGCAAGGAGAGUGCACGCUCCGGCUUGGAGGGCCCUGCUGCGAGUCAGCUGCUCCCCCCACGCCUCUUUGCCUCCGUCUUAGCAGGGGGGCUGGGCGGGUGCGUGGGAGCAGGAAGUGGGCUGAACACCUACGCCAGCAUUGACUUCUUCAAGUCCGAGGAACUCAGAACACACCAGAAUGGCAGCAAGGAUGGCACAGAGUGUUAGCGUGGCCCUUCCUCUUCUGUCUUUGCCGCCCGAUUCACCGACGACUGGCAUUUCCUGUGCCGGUUCACGCGUCACCGCCACCGGGGUGUCCGAUCAGGACAGCGGGAGUUGGACGCACCCCUGGAAGACUUUUCCAAAUGCUGUCUUACACUUUGUUUCUACUUAUCCUCUUCUUUUUACAUGGUCACAACCAAUGGGGAAAAAAAAAUGUGCCAAAAAAAACUCUUUGCCAUUGAGAUAGGGAACCUGGAGGGAGGAACCCUACAACCAGAAGAUGAUAUGAUCACAAGGAGCCUAACUGCCAACAAGGAGCCAAUUACUCUUCUUCUUAACUGAGACGUUCCUAAGAAUAACAAUAAUAAUAAUAGUAAUUGUAAUUAAAAUGUUAUAUACUCCAAAAAUGAUUAUUCAAUUUAACGAUUAUGUAAUUACGAAAUACAUGUAUUGCUUUUUUAAAGUGCCUUUUUUAUUUGAUUGUAGCCAUUUUUCAAGGAUAAUCAUUAACAGGUCAGACAGAGUAAAAACGUUUUGUCUUUUUUUGUGAUUUCCGCAGGAAAUUGGGACAAAGAUGACGAAGGAUAAAAAAAAAAAAAAGGACAUGUGACACCGUCGCCGUGUACUGAAGUCCCAGUGUUGGUUCAAAUAAUCAGAUAGCCUUACUGAAACUGAUGUACGCGACACCUGCUUUACCGCGGCACGUCACCUGGCACCGGUCGGGUCUGUGGCCCCCGAUACGACGCGUGCUCGCACUUGUGCGGCGUAGCCGUUGUUUUAGCUGUCUUUCGUAGACGCGCGCGCGCAAAUGCCCUCUAACACGCGCUGCUGUGCACGCCCGAGCAUUUGAGAAUGCUACCCAACACGCACUCGCAAAGGCAUGCACGCACACUUGCACGCGGUACUGCUGCACUGCAGUUACACACUCCCAGACACACACACACAAAUGCGUGCGCGUGAGCGAAGAUGAGGUCGUAUAUUCCCACAACCGGGUGCAUGCGUGUUCGUUAUGCAUGUUCAAGCUUACACACUUAAUACACACUUAAUACACACUAACACAUUGAUUAUAACUGGCUGCCACUUCAUUACUGCAGAAGCCCAGGGCUGAUCGCUGCUGCUGACCGCUGUCGCUGUGGUCAUGGACGGUUGCCCGGGUUGCACUCCUGGACAGAGCUGCCAGGGUGGAAAUGGUACCUGUGGUGGCGAUUGGCCUCGGGAGAAGGCUUGCUGCGAGGGGGUACUAAAGCGCCCUUUCUGUGCACCCGCUACAUGAGUCCAGUGGCCCGUGGAGCCAACGGGGACGGUCGAGCCGGACUCAUGCGGUCAGUGGAUACAUCCAAGCCAUAAACUCCCCACCACAGGCUUUCCUUCUGCCUUGCCUGUGCAUCCAGUAAACAGGGUAAUGCUGCCUAGCUACACGCAUGCAGUUGCCGUGCUUCUCCAGAAACACUUUGGGUACCAGGGUUAAUUACCGUGCCCCUCCCAGCUGAGCAGCCAGAGACAUGGCUGGUAUGGUGUGAGGUUUAGAGUUUAACCGUAGUUUCAGUGCGGCUCAUUGCGUAUCCCCCCCCCUUUUAGAGAAAACCUUGCAUCCCAGCUAUGCAUCUCCAAAAACAACACAAGUGCCUAGUAUUUUUCCUGGGUCGAAUGAGUGUCGUCCCCCCCUCCCCCCCGACACACACACACACACACACACACGCACGGACACGCACAAAAUGAGCAAUUCACUUCCCGUGACCCUUUGAACACUGACUACCAUUGAGUGCACGGAAAGAAAUGUGUGCUGCGACAUGAUCGGACGUCCAAUACACUCGCCCUCGCUCCAUCGUAACCUGUCUCCCACCCCUUCGUGCACGUGGAAGAGCAUCUGUGCGAGGAGAUGUUACACACAGUUUGAGCGGACGGUGGAUUUCCCCCGCCUGUGGACUUUUUUGACGUAAGGCUACCUAAACUGUGGCGAGCAGCGCGUCCUCCUUUUGUACCAUACUUUUGUUUCUUCUGAGUGGUCGUGCCAUGUAAAUUUGCGCUGGCUGCGACUAGCCGUUGUAAAUCCCAUCGCGAGCUGGAACCCAGCUUCCUUUAUCUCGGAUUGCGACGCUUCUGCUUCUGACGCGGCCUCGCGCCGACGGCCUCUGCAUGCGGAUCGCUGACACACACACUGAAAGUAAAGGCAAAUCUCAUGUUAGCUCAUGCUGUCAGUCCUGCCCUAGGACCCCCUAUGGUGUACUUGUCUGCUCUAGAAGCUAUAGAUUUUGCAUUUAACUUUGAGCUUCCACAAUUUUGUUGGGGAAACGAGAGAAAAAAAAAAAAAAAAAAGAUUUAUCUUGGCUCAUAAUCUGCAUCUGGAUUUCAGUCCCUGGAAUAGUUUGAGGGCUUUUUAAACCUUGGUUUGUGUUCUGGUCCGAUUCUUCCUUUUCCCCGCAAUAAAAAAGAUUUAUUUCAUCUGAUUGCCAUGAGGCUUCAUGACAUCCUCCACAUCAGGCAUCUGAACAUGUAAAAUAAACUACCCCGUUUUAUUAAAUUUGACAGGUGUCUUUCAAAUGUUGUGCAUCCACGGCGAGCGUGCGGUCGGACUCGAGCGUCGGAAGUGAACUGGUGGAACUAUAAUAGCGCAAAGAGAGCCUGUUGUCCGUGGAGCACAACCCAAGGGUUAACUGCCCUGUACAAGAUCUUGAUUUAGCAUUUAUUUAUUUCUGAUUUAUACAGAAAAAGUGUGAAACUCGAAAAGAGAAAGUACAAAUUAAGGCAAAGUGCGCAUGUUCUUGUCUGUUUCUCCCACCCGUCUCUGAAUUUAUUUACAUGUUAAUCUAAAUUGCCUUAAAAGCCAAAAACUGGGAACACGUGAUUACAGGGUGACUGAUCAAAAUGUCUGAAGACAAACUGCCUUUCAGAAACGGUUCCGUUCUGAAACGCCAAACGUUCUAGAGGUUCAAAUCUAGCAAAGUGCAGAAUGCCAAGUUGCAGCUAUAUAUUUCCUUUAUUGAAAUUUUCUUGAACAAAAUGUGGGAGGUAGUAAUGUAGAGAGAUAGCGGUCAGGGAUGCACCCAGUCAUCACCCUGUGCUCUGCCGCGGGGCACAGGCCUUUUGCUUGCUCUGAAACCGAAAGCACGGGAAUUAUGAAGAUGAAGAGAAUAAGUUAUUGGGCUGAUGAUGCAUUGUGAACUCAAUGUGGAACAAGUUGGACUGCUUAAGUGCUGUAGGCUUCAUGAGUUUUUUUUUUUUUUUUUUUUUUCUUCUCCUAUUGUUCUGUAUAUUAGGGAGUAGAAUUUGAAGCUGAGGAAGAAGCAGGAUUUAUUGAAUGACUAUGGUGUUUCUUCUGUUCAUGGAAAAAUGUUCAAAAUGGCAAACCAUAAUGAU